AUGGCACCCUCAGCGACCACAACGGCCACCGUGGCUGAUCCGGCCAACUUGCCGGUGAACAAUCUCCGUCUGUACGCCGAUGGUUCGGGCGACUACAAGGAGCUUUCUCCCACUGUCUACGACAAGGAGGCCGAAGCGAAGGGAGGAGAGGGCCACGAAGGUGCAAAGUACCCUCACUAUCUCCCCACGUGGAACCCUGAGCAACAGUAUCCUCCACUAGAACCCUUCCAGCACAUCGAGCACGGCAAGAACGCGGACCCAAGUUACCCUAACCUUCUUCCCAAGGGUCAGGCCGAUGUCACUGACCUGACACCCACCAUUGGUUCUGAAGUCAGAGGCAUUCAGCUCAGCAAACUGAGUGAUGCUGGAAAGGACGAGCUGGCCCGCUUCGUCGCCGAGCGUAAGGUCGUCGCCUUCCGCGCUCAAGACUUCGCCGACUUGUCCAUCGACAAGGCCCUCGAGUUUGGAGGUUAUUUCGGUCGUCACCACAUCCACCCGACUUCAGGAUCCCCUGAGGGCUUCCCCGAGAUUCACCUGGUUCAUCGAGCAGCUGGCGACCGCUCAGCGGAAAAGUUCUUUGCCACCCGUACCAGUUCCAUUGCCUGGCACUCUGAUGUGUCUUAUGAAGCACAACCCCCCGGAACCACCUUCCUUUACAUUCUCGACAAGCCCGAGACGGGUGGCGACACUUUGUUCUGCAACGCCGUUGAGGCGUACAACAGACUAAGCCCUCUGUUCCAGGAGAGACUCCAUGGCCUGCAGGCCGUCCACUCCGGUAUUGAGCAGGUUGCUGCUUCCGUAAAGAAGGGAAGCAUCAAGCGCCGUGAGCCGGUUGCCAACACACAUCCCAUCAUCCGAACUCACCCCGUAACAGGAGAAAAGGCCCUCUACAUUAACCCUCAAUUUACCCGUGAGAUUGUGGGCUUGAAGAAGGAAGAGUCAGACGCCAUCCUCAAGUUCCUUUACGAGCACAUCGCCUGGGGCGCUGACUUCCAUGCUCGUGUUAAGUGGGAAGAAGGAACUGUCGUUGUUUGGGACAACCGUGUUACUCAACACUCAGCGCUCAUUGACUGGAACAACGGUUCCCGGAGACAUCUCGCUAGAAUUACCCCUCAAGCGGAACGGCCAUAUGAGACACCGUUCAAGGGUUAG